UUUAAUUUAAUUUUAUUGCCGGCAAAUUAUUUGUUUAUUUAAAAAUUAAAAAUGGGAAACAAAUCAUCAAGUUCUGUCGCAGUUCCUAAGGAUGAUUUAAUCGCUAUUACAAAUUCCACCAAAUUUACUCUUGGGGAAAUAGAAUACCUCUAUACUCGUUUCUGUGCCCUGGGUGCACCCCAAAGACGAACUGGAUUCCUUGUGAAGAGAGAUUUUAAUUUUCCUUCAUACGCAUUACAUUCGCUUAUUUUAACUGAAAUGUUUGGAAAUAAAUAUGAUAUCACUUUUGUGGAAUUUGCAAAGUUCUUGCACACUUUUCGACCUCUUGAUUUUAAAGCAUCGAAGGAAGAAAGAGCUGCUAUGAAGACCAGAAAGUUAAAAUUACUUUUUUCAAUGUACGACAUCAAUAAGGAUGGCAGCAUAUCGAAGGAAGAUCUUCUGGACGUUGUUCAUAGACUGUGUUCGGAUUACACAGAUAUACAUACUAUGAUAAAAAUUGUUCAGCUUGUGAUAAAAGAAAUGGAUUCUACAAAAACCAAUCGAAUUUUGUUUGACGAUUUUUGUAAGUCAAUGGAAAUUUUUGACAUGGACAACUUAGCGGUAAAAUUUCCAACUUUAUAAGAAAGAUGCUUGUCUUUAAUAUUCAAGAAAAUGAAAAAGAUGGGUCUUAUUUCACGGCACCAUUCAAAAGAACUUUGGAAAAGAAUGCACUCCGAAAUUGAAGCUUGCUCUGAGAUGUAAGAUGUUCGCAAGUUGAAUUAAUUUUGUGGUAUCCUUUUUUGUAUAAUAGCGUUAAUUAGGUCUUCAUGAC